GUUGAUUUCGAUGGAUUUGAAUUGAUUUUGUAACAAUAAUUUUUAAAAUUUUGGCCACAAAAAUGAUUCAAAAUUUCGUGUCGCUUAUCAGCUCGUUUAGACAUCGACGCGAUUUCGUAACUUUAGAAUCGAAUUGAUCGUUGAUCAACUUUAUCUCGAAUGUAUGGGAAAACAAGUUGAUAAAUGUCGAGGCCAGGCGUCGCAAUUAGCAGGAAAAAAAUCGUAAUUACAAGCCGAAUCCAGUUUCUUACGUAAAAUCGAACGGUGAUGAUAAUAAACGCAGUCAAAACCGUUCGAAAUCGAGCGAUAAACGUCGUCGUCGCCCGAAAUGUCCGAUAAACGGGAGGCGGCGCUGGUGGUGGUGGGAAUAAGCGGGGUAACCUGCGGGGGCAAAACAACGACGGCCCAAAAGUUGCAUAAGAUCUUUCCGAAUUGCAAGAUAAUCACGCAGGACGAUUAUUACCUGGACGACGACGACCCCAGGCACACAUGGAUACCCGAAUUGAACCACGCUAAUUACGAUAUCCUCACCAGCUUAGACAUGAGCAAAAUGCACCAAGAUGUUUUGAAUAUUUUAAACAACGAAUCACUCGUUAGAAUUAACCACAACAACUACAAGAAAAGCGAAGAAAACAUCACUAACAUUUCUCGUAAACUUCGCACGGCCAAUUUGAAAUUGCUGCUCAUCGAAGGAUUCUCGAUUUUCAACUACGAGCCCCUGUUGCCCGUGUUCGAUUUAAAGUACUACUUCACUUUGAACAAGGAGGAGUGCUUCGAUCGCAGGAAAGGGCGAGUGUACGAUCCCCCGGACGUGCCGGGGUACUUCGAGCGGUGCGCCUGGCCCGAGCACUUGCAGCAAUUGAAAGAGGUCGAGAGCAAAGUCGACAACGUUCGAUAUUUCAGCGGGACCGCGGAUCCCGAGCAGGUAUUAGAGACGAUUGUGAAGGAUAUAUACGCUCUGUACGACCAAAGUUAGCAUUUCGUAAACUAGUUACAUUUAUUGUUGAUUAAAGUACAAAUUUAUUUUUAAUAUUCGCCUCUCGACGAGGCGCGUUUUUUGUGGUAAUACACUCGAAUUGGGUUAGAAUUUAAAAUCUGUUGGGUUAUUUUAUGUAACAAUAUUGUAGAGAUUUCGAUUGACGUCAUUUGAAGUUUUGAAAACAAUCGGAAUUGUGGUAAAUAAAAACUGGCAAGGAAAAUAA